AUGAUUGUUGCUUCUCUAAUAUUUAUUAUAUGUGAAAAACGAGAUAAACAAGCUUUUGCGUUAUCCCAUCUACCUUUACAAAAACGCACUGCAAAUGAAUUUUUUAUAGGAUUCAAUUUUCUACAACAAACACUGCAGAAGGAACCUGCAGAUAUAUUAGUGGUGUUACAAGAUAAAAAGAAAGAAUUUGAUAAAUUUUACAAAUCACCUAUGAAACCCGAUAUAAUAGUAUUGGCAGUCAAACUUCUUUCAAAAAUUUGUGACACUGGUUUUACUGAAUUUUUAUCUUUUAUAUGCAAUUCGGAAUUUAUCAAGAAUUUACAACUAUAUGUAAUAAAUUUGGCUGUUCAACAUGAAUCUAAACAAAAUAUGAACAGUUCCUAUUAUCAGGAUAUGAAUUCGUUUUGGUCUUCUUUGAUUAACUUAUUUAAUAAUAUUCUUCUAUUAUUACCAAAUACCGCUUGCAGCAGGCUAUAUGAAAUAGUACACGCCUGCAAUAUUAGUAUCCAAACUCCAAACAAUCAAGCCAAAAUAUAUCCAAAGAUAUUAAAAGAAUUUGAUGAUUUUAUAAAGAAGUUUAAUUACACUUUUGAGGAGCAUCAAAGAAAAAAGGAACAAAUUAAAGAAGAGAACUAUAUUGAUUAUGAAGAACCACCUGAAAAUUUUCGCUCAUUAGGUAUUUAUCCUAAUCCCGCAGACAUACUUUCAAAUGAAAAGCCAUUUCUACGACCUAAUAUUAAAGAAGGUUCCUAUGUUAGUGUAGAACAUUACUUAGAUGUGCAGUUUAGAUUAUUGAGAGAGGAUUUUAUUUCUCCCAUGAGAGAAGGAGUUCAAGAAUUAUUGAAUAAUAAUAAUGAAGGAAAAAGAAAAAAUAAUAAAUCAAGCAUACAUGUUUACAAAAACGUGAAAUUUGUUUCACGAUAUUUAUCUAAAAGUGCUGUGGGCAUUUUAGUAGACUUUAAAGCUGAUAGAUUACAAAGUGCCAAAUCUAUGAAAAAUAAAACAAAUUGGGAACAAUCUAAAAGGUUUUUAUUUGGCUCCUUGUUAUGCUUCACAUCUAAUAAAUUUCAAAGUUUAAUAUUUGGAACAGUAGUUGAGCGUGAUAUAAAGCUCCUUAUGGAUGGUUAUUUAGUAGUUCAAUUAUGUGAAGAGUUUUCUCACCUAGAAGAUCAAUUAUUCAGAUCUCAAGAUAUACAUUGGAUGGUUGAAAGUGAGAUUUACUUUGAGCCCUAUUUUCAUGUACUGAAGGCUUUAAAAAGGCUUGCCGAACACAAUUUUCCAAUGCAAAAAUAUUUGGUAAAUGUUCAGUGUGAGUCUAAUAGACCAAAAUAUCUGCAAGAAGGAAAAAUCUAUACUCAUCAUCAUUUAGAGAUAAACGUAACUGAUUUCAAACAAUGGCCUGAUGCUGAAAAACUUGAAUUAAAUGAUUCACAGUAUAAAGCUGUACAGUUGGCCUUAACUAAUGAAUUUUCAAUAAUACAAGGCCCACCUGGAACGGGAAAAACUUACAUUGCUUUGAAAGUGGCCUCUAUUCUUUUGAGAAAUAUAAGAGACAAGCAAAUGUUAAUAGUUUGCUAUACUAACCAUGCACUAGAUCAGUUUUUAGAAGGUUUAAUUCCAUACACACAAAAUAUUAUUAGAGUAGGAAAUCGUUCAAAAAAUGAAAGGUUAAAUAAAUUUAAUUUAAGUAAUUUCAGAAGAAAAAACCGUCCUCAAGUAUUAUUUGAAUUAAAUGAUGCAUAUAGGGCUUUUCAAAGUAAACUUCAAGAUUUGGAAUUAAUAAAAGAAAAUAAGUGUAUUAUAGCUGAUUGGGAUGCCAAAGUUUUCCCAGAAUGUUUGAAUGAGCCUAAAAAAUAUUUCAAUAGAUUUGUUUAUUGGUUGCUAGAUAUAGAUGAAAGGGAAAUUACAAAUUUUGAUAUUAAUAGAAGCCAUCCUAAUUUAGUUGAUGAUAAUAUAAAUUACGAAGAAAUUGAAGGUUUGGGCAAAGAGGAUUAUUUUGAUACAAUGAGAGAGACCAGAAUUUUUGAUGAUGAUUUAUUAAUAGAUAUUUCUGGUGUUUCAAUGAAUUUGGAAGUUUUUGUAAAUGAAAAGUCUUUACUGUCCAAUAUACAAGCGUUACGGAAAAAAAUGGAAACACUUUUUCCGCUUGAUGAUCAUAAUGAAAUGAUUAAAUAUACCGAAAUAAUAAGAGAAUAUAAUGAAAAGUUAUUAAUUUAUAAUAAGUUUACAGAAUGUAUGAGAGAAUUUUCCAAUGGAACUCUUGGUAAUAUGAGUAAUAUACCAAUUAUAGCCAGAAAAGGAUUAAGAUGCAAUAGAGAAGAGAAAUGGUCUCUAUAUAAAUAUUUCAAAAAUAAAAUGAAAACUAAAAUAGAACAUGAAAUUACUCACUUAAGCGCUCAAAUUCAAAACCUGAAAAAGCAACAUGCUGAAAUAUGCCAGAUUGAUGAUAUAGCAAUACUUCAAGAAGCAAAAGUCAUUGGUAUGACAACUACCUGUGCAGCUCGUUUGCAAGCUUCUCUAAAUGUAUUGAAAAUUCCAAUUGUCAUAAUUGAAGAAGCCGCAGAAGUCCCAGAAUCCCACAUUAUUGUUUCCUUAACCCAACACUGCGAGCACUUGAUACUUAUUGGUGAUCAUCUUCAAUUAAAACCAUCAACAGCGGCAUAUAAAUUGUGCAGAUAUUAUAACUUGGACAUAUCUUUAUUUGAAAGAAUGUUGAAUAAUAAAAUGAAUUGUGUUCAACUGAACGUUCAACACAGAAUGAGACCAGAAAUUGCAAGUUUGGUAUGCCCCAAUAUAUAUGAAGAUCUCCAAAACCAUGAAAGUGUUUUAGAGUAUCCUGAAGUUGUAGGAGUUACAAAGAGUUUAUAUUUCAUAAAACAUAAUGUAUUCGAAGAUCAACUAAAUGAUGAUGACAAUGUUACAAAAAAAAAUUCAUUUGAAGCCGCUUUGAUUGUGAGACUAUGCAGAUAUCUUUGCUUGCAAGGAUAUGACCCCACAAAAAUAACAAUUCUUACCACCUAUUUAGGGCAAAUGUUUUUAAUAAAAUCCUUAAUUAGGAGAGAAAAUUUGUUGGAAGACGUUAAAGUAACUGUUGUAGAUAAUUUUCAAGGUGAAGAAAAUGAAAUUAUAUUGCUCUCAUUGGUCCGCAGUAAUAGCGAGGCAAAAAUUGGAUUUUUAAAAACUGAGAAUAGAGUUUGUGUUGCAUUAUCAAGAGCGAAGAUAGGUUUCUACAUUGUUGGCAAUAUGGACAAUCUAGUUGCCAGCAGUAAAAUAUGGCCUAAAAUCAAUGAUUCAUUGGAAAAAAUUAAUUGCGUGGGCCCACACCUGACUUUGCGAUGCCAAAUACAUAUUGAUGAAUUUACAACAAUUUCUUGUGCAGAAGAUUUCAAUAAAGCACCAGAAGGUGGCUGCAGCAGAAUUUGUCGUUCAUUAAUUCCAUGUGGACAUUAUUGUAAUAGUGUUUGCCAUGUACUUGAUAGAGAGCAUCAGAAAUAUAAAUGUAAAGAACCUUGCACUAGAUUGUGCAAGAGACAGCAUAUGUGCAGAAACUUAUGCUCAGAGGAGUGUAGCUCUUGUCGUGUUCAAGUAUUGAAGAAAUUAAAAUGCGGUCAUGAGGCGAUGAUGGCUUGUGGUCAAGAACGAGACUUAUAUGUUUGCAGAGAAAUAGUAACUGAAAUAUUACCACUUUGUAAACAUGAAGUGGAAAAACCUUGCCAAGCGGAUCCUUUAAAGUUUUCAUGUCCUUUCCCGUGCAUUAAUAGAUUGGAUUGUGGACAUCAAUGUGAAUUAAAUUGCCACGCAAACAAAGAUCCAGAUCACAUUGACUACAAAUGUGCAAAACCAUGCCCGAAUUUUUAUCAGGGUUGCAAAAAUGACCAUCAAUGCGAAAAGCAAUGUUUUGAACCAUGUCCACCUUGUACCAUUAAAGAUUUAGAUAAUGUCCCUUGCAAAUAUCCUUGCAAACGUACUUUGGAAUGCGGACACCAUUGCAAGUUGAAGUGUUUUGAACCAUGUGGAAAUUGCAAAGUCAAAGUUAUAAAAGAAAUACCACAGUGUCAUCAUAAAAUAAAAAUGAACUGCGGUGAUGCUGCUGACAUAACCAAUUGCUAUGAAAAGUGCAAAAAAAUAUUAUCUUGUGGUCAUAGUUGUAAGAACACAUGUCGAGAUCCAUGCACUACAAAAUGUGAAGUUCUUGUUCAAAGUGCAAUCCAAUCACCAUGUGGUCAUCUUGCAUAUGUUCCAUGUCAUUUAUUACAUACACCUGAAGCUAUUACAAACACAAAUGAAUUUUUGGACAAUUGUAAAGAACUGUGCAACAAAUAUCUUCAAUGUGGUCACAAAUGCGCUGGCUUAUGCUCCCAAUGUUAUCAGGGAAGAAUACAUAUUCCAUGUGAGGAACAAUGUGGAAAUGUACUUGUUUGUCAACAUAGUUGCAAAGUACCCUGUCGUGAAUAUUGUCCACCAUGUACUGAAAUGUGUACUUAUGAGUGUGUUCAUUCCAAAUGUACGAAGAAAUGUGGAGUGCCCUGUGCCAGUUGUAAGGAGGCCUGCACUUGGAAAUGCGAACAUAAAAAGUGCAACAAGAGAUGUGGCGAAAAAUGCGACAGAGAUCCAUGUAAUGAACCAUGCAAAAAGAAGUUGCCAUGCGACCAUGAUUGCGUUGGACUGUGCGGUGAACCGUGCCCUCCAAUUUGCCGCAUUUGUGAUGAGGAUGAACUCAAAACAAUUUUCUUUGGUAAUGAAGAUGAGGAUGAUGCGAGAUUUGUUGUUUUAGAAGAAUGUGGACAUGUAUUUGAAUAUCAAGGAUUGGAUGAUUGGUUUUCAAUGCCUACAUCGUCGCAAGAAAUUUCUCCGAAACAGUGUCCAAAAUGCAAAAGCAUUAUUAAUAAAACUCAAAGAUAUGCAACAGCUUGUAAGAUGGCCUAUGAGUAUAUCAAGAAGUGCAAGACAAAAAUAUAUGGUUUGCCAAAAGAAAAUGACAAAAAGACAGCAGAGCUUAGAGCCAUUAUUAAUGAUUUAAUACAAGAAAGCCUGGAUUUUAGUAAAGAUUCUCAAAUUUGGAAGAAGAUGAUCAAUUAUUUGAAUACACAAACCCAAGAAAAAUAUACAAACAAACGACGAAUACCUCUUAAUAUAAUAACUAUUAACAAAUUAGAGGCUAUUUAUGGUAUAAUGAAGGAAUUGCUGAGGUUUUAUAACAAAAUUACUGAAAAUGGAGUUGAAAAAAUAUUCUUGACCCAAUGUGAAAUUAUUUUACAUGCCUUGUCAAGAGCUGAGUAUAAUAUAAGUGCUCAAUUAUAUGAUGAUAUAGACCGAGAGCUCUCUAGAUUGCACUGGAUUACUGAACUUUGCAAAAUUCAUACCAAGAAAGAAUAUGUCAAAAAUCAAAACAUUAGCCUAGUACAAACUGCCUACAAACUUUGUACUGAUGCAAUUAUGUGCUUCCAGAUAUUUUCUCAUGACCAAGCACUUGUAGCAAAAAAUCGACUAGAAAAAUUACUGAAAACAAUAGAAGUUGUAGGAGAAGUCUCCUCAGAAGACAAAAGAAUGAUCGGUCAUGUAUAUUGCAUAACCGAAUGUGGGGGGGCUAUGCAAAUAGCUAAAUGUCCUGAAUGUGGAGCUAGCAUUGGUGGUACCUCCCAUCGAUUGCUUUCUGACAAUCGUGUUGCUACUGAAAUGGAUGGAGCAACAGCACCUGCGUGGCCUCAAUAA